AUGCACUGCAUAUGCAUCUGUUUCGUGGUUUUGGCGACCGUUGCCCAAAGCCUUGCCGUUACACCCACGGGGAAGGUGGACUUUACUGAGGCGGAUGAUUUGAACGAUGAAACCAACAGUGGGUUCGUGAGUGUGUACAAAAACUUCCCAAAGAUCCAGGUGACGGUGGACACGCAAAAGCUUAAGCGCGUUCCCCAGCCGGAAACGAAAAGUGAUGAAUCGAGCUCGGGUAGCUCGGGAAGCUCCGGUUCGGAAUCGGUCGAACGGCCGUCGGUCGGUGUGCGAACGGAUAUAACGAUCGAAAUAUCGGAAGAGUCGGCUAACGAUACGCGAACCGGUGAGCGUGAUGGGAAGAAGGAUCGUACCGGACCGGGCAGACCAGAUGGAACCGGACCUGAUGCGGGUAAAAAGGAUCGCAAUGGCAAUGGGAAGACAGCCGAUGAGGACGAUGAUAAUGCGAGCAUACCGGUUUUCAAGGGUACGGCUGGGGUUUCGACCAAAAAACCCAAACCGAGCCCAUCGCGCGGUACACCGCACGGACCGAGACCCGGGGUAACGCUCAGCCAGCGGCCUACUGCGACGAGCUUUUACGGACCUGGAGGUGAUGAUCGUAACCGUAUCAGUGGAGAAUAUGAUGGGUGGAAUUCGCAUUAUCCAUCGCGUGACACGGUGACAGCCGUGUGGACCACCGAGAGACCAUACCUUCGCCGGGUGGACUAUGACUAUUCAGGGCAACAUCGUUCACCUCCGUACUACAAGGGUUACGUUCCCUACAAUGUGGGCCACCAUCACCCACAGUCGGCGGAACAUCACCACACGGGUGACUGGAAACCGUGCUACUGCAGCAUCUAUCAGCCGUGGGCCGCACGUGCCCCAACCAAUCCCGUCCUGCCCUCGACGGGCACGCUGCAUCCCACCGCACAUCCACCCCCACGCAACACCGUCGACAACAAAGUAGACAUUCCAGCCGUCCACUCGCACCAGCAGCACUAUCGUUCGAUCCGCUCGUAG